AUGUCUAACUACGGAGGCGUGGACGACUCGGCGAAUAACAUCUUCGGGAGCGGGUCCAAAUAUCUUUUUGUCGCACUUGCGGUCAUACCAUGCGUUGCUCUCGGUUGGAUGCUGGAGCGAAGACGCAGGCGCAGGCUUGAUGCAGUCGUAGCCAGGUUUAUGCUGGAGGAGUACCCGGAGCUACGCUCGGCCGAGAACCGUGUCCCAGCUUACUAUGAACUCGCUGUGGAGGAUACUUCGCCCUGGCUCACUUCAUGGACCUGGAAAGACGCUCAGCCAUUAGCUGCUGCUAAGCUUGAUCCAGGAGAUACGGCGAAGCGCCCCGAUACUCAUCACAAGACCCAGCUCUCCUUCCUGAUCAAUAUGCCUAGGCCAACUACUCCCGACGGGUCCUCUACCAAGGGCCGCAUACCAGAUCCCACGGCUCCUCCGGAGUACGUUCUGGCGACCUGCGAUGUGAACUCGAAGGCGUAG